GCGCCAGCCGGCCACGCCACCCCUCCCCACCCCUGGCACACCGCCCCAAGGGGCGCAGCCCCCGCCCAACACUCACCUCCGCCACGGCUGAUGGAGCCUGUAAUCCUCCUCCCUCCACCACCACCCGCAGGUUCAAGCCCCCCGUGCUGCCCCCGGCUCCACGCUCCCGCAGGACCCUCUGGAGCAGCGGAGGUCGCGGGGCGGUGCGGAGUCGCAGCGAAGCACGGACCGACAGUACCGGUAACAGGCAAGACUACAAGCCCCGUGGUGCACGGCGGGGCCAAGGCGCCUGCGCGGCGGGGACAAGGCGAGGAGGCGGAAGCGGCGCCGGAAUCGCUCGCAGCGGUCGGGCGCGGUGGGGCCGGGCCAGGUCGGGAGCCGCUAUGCCCCGGGACAACAUGGCCUCCCUGAUCCAGCGGGUGGCGCGGCAGGCGCGCAUCACCUUCCGCAGCCCGGCGGGCCCAGCCUUCGGCGAGAACCUGCACCGGCUGCAGCAGCUGCUGGACGAGGUGCGCGCCGAGGACUUGCACUUGGCGCCGCGGGGCCCGUCGGCGGCAGCAGCGGCGGCGGGCGGGGGGAUCCCGUGGGGUGGCGCCGUGCCGCCCGUCAGCUACAUGCACAUUUGCGAGACGGAGAGCUUCAGCAUGGGCGUGUUCCUGCUGCGGAGCGGUGCCUGCAUCCCGCUGCACGACCACCCGGGCAUGAACGGCAUGCUGAAAGUGCUCUACGGCACGCUGCGCAUCGCCUGCAUGGACACGCUGCCCUCUGGGGCCGCCGCCGCUGCCCCGCCGCCCUCCGCCGGCGGCGGGCCCUGCCACCGCGCCCUGUACCGCUCUCGCCAGCACUACACGCCGGCCUCUCCGCCCUGUCUGCUGUCGCCGCACACCGACAACCUCCACCAAAUCGACGCCGUGGACGGGCCCGCAGCCUUCCUCGACAUCUUAGCCCCGCCCUACGACCCCCAGCACGGCCGGGACUGCCACUACUACCGUCUGCUGGAGGGGCAGCCGCCGGCGGGUGCCGAGCCGCCCGGGCUGCCGCGGGAGGUGUGGCUGAUGGAGACGCCGCAGGCCGCCGACUUCUGGUGCGGGGGUGAGCCCUACCCCGGGCCCCGCGUCUGCCUCUGAGGCAGUGGCGGCCUGGGCCCGAGCCCGGGCCCGGGCCUGGCCCUAAUGGCGGCAGCUAAAACGAUUGACUUUCGUCCAGCCCCCGCACCCGGCUUGAGGGGGAGCCAGCCGCUCGCCGACCCCUGCCCAGCGCUGCCUUACGGACCCUCCUGCCGGAGUGGUCCGGCCACGACACCACGCCUGCCCUCAGCCUGCCGUCCUGUACCUGGCCGGCGGGACCGCGGGUGCUGGCCGGGGCUCCUCGGGACCGCUGCGAGUCAGAGACUUUCCACAGGCCUGCCUGGCUCUUUUCGUCGGGUUGCAAUAAAGCACUAGAGUGUGCUUGUAUCCCAUGGGCUGAUGUGGUGGAGCAAUAUGAUUAAACUUCUGCGCAGAUGAGUGUCUGGGGGGAAAUAAUCCAGCGCCCUGUGUAAAUAGUUAGGGUUGCGUGUCAGUGAGGGGGUCUCGGGCUGCAGCAGGGUGCAUCAGCACAGUCACUACUGUCGGGGGCACCUCAGUUUCCCCCGGAGGGGAUCCACCACCCCAGCCAGUGGAGUGUGUCUAUCCCCAGCUUUUUUGGGACUCCAUCACCAGAGCAAGUCUCAACAAGAGCUGUACCUUGCUAGCAAAGAAAGAAACCCAGAGUAACUGAGCCAGGGCAUGCUUCUCCAGUAAACACUAGUGAUCCCCAAGGCUGGAGUCAAAGGGGUUCCCGCUGCAAAGGUACACAGUCGGGUUCAGAGUUACUUUUUAGCAGUUCUUUAAGGUGUUGCAUAUAAGAUCUCGCUACUACAACUGAGAAUUACAGAGUACAUCUAUGCAUACCUCCUUCAGCUAGGAGAAAUACUAGUCAGCUGCUAAUUAACCUUGCUUGGAACUUCUCAUGCGGCGGCGGCAGAAACCGUGGGCAUCCUUGGAGAAGAAUGAAUUAUCCACUUGGGGAAGCUGUUCUAGAACUGUGACUUAUUUGCAAACCCUAUGUAUACAGUGACACACAUGUUCUUGGUACAGAUAAGAUUUGACCUGAUGUCUUUAAAUUCUGUGUUUUUAUAUGGACCAAGUGAACACUUUCUAUGGACAAAGGAAGCACUGGGAUUUUGAAGACUUGCUGUUUCCCUCCUUAUACCACUAUUUAUAAAAACUAUUUUUCCGCAAAGCUUUUCAGUAAAUGUAGUGUAGAAGAGACACUGAUUUUUCCUUUGCUGUGAUGGAAGCAGUCUGGAGAUGCAGUUUGUCCACAGCAGAAGAUGACAUCCUUCUUACAAGGGAGAAAUUAGUUCUCUAGGUGAAAUACUCUGUCGGUACCACAAGGACUGGUCUCGUGCCUGUUCAUCCUAAAGCACACUUUGUACCACAAGCCCAGGCCCUGGCAACCCGUGUGGGAAUUUGAAUAAGAAAACACAACUUACCAACUUCCUAAGUGAUGUACCAACCUGCUCCAGAAAUUGUUCAACAAUUGGCUUUAUUUUUUUGUGUAUCUAAAAAGCAGACUUGUUUUUCCUGCACAGUGACUUGUAUGUGUGAGUUUGUAAAUGAUUCUGAUACGUUGCUUUUUUGUUUCUUUGGUGGGGCGUUUUUGGCCUGCAAAAGAAUGAAUGUAACAAUCAGGAUUAUGCAUGCACAGGUUAAUUCUUUUGCAAGGAAAAAUUGGUGAAAAUAAUUUCAGACAAUUUCCAUUUAUUCUUACAGCACUUUAAAGUGUCUGAUAGUUCUACCGCUGGCUUACCUGUUUCUCCUGGAAUUCCCUUGCAGCUCAGCAUUAGUUAAUGUGCAACAGUUCUCUGUCGAAUGUAGUCAUUAACCAUAACACAAUGCCUCCCUGUGUUACAGCCUGCUUUUGGCUUCUUCAACACUGAUGAAGGCCAUCAUCAUCCUUUUUUCAGAAGUUCACAAAGAAGAGAGCGUGGUGCCUGCAAACAGCUGUACUGGAAAAACAAACUGUGACAGCAUUUUUUUAUCUCAUCUGUUCUAUCCUCCCUUUAAGGCUUUCUGCUUGUUUUUUAUUUUUUUUUUCCUUCAUGUGUAAAACAGGAUGUUUCAUGGGAUGGGACUUCAGUGAGUCUUUCCAUAGAGAACAGCACGGUCACUCACACUGCGAAGUGCAGGGAGCAACAGUUAUGGCAAAACCUUUUUUUCCCCCUUCUGUUUAAAUGAAGGUGUUAGCAUCAAAGUAUUAAAGCUAGGAAAAAUAGGAAAAAAAAUUGAGAUGCAUUAAUGAAAAACCUCUCUGUGUAACUUCUUGCUUACUCAGUAAUUGAAACUUACUGUAUAUGUUCUGGAUAUCUGUAAGCAGAAGGUUUAAGUCUCUAAUGCUGUUAAUUCUCUCUGCAGUUGGGCUAUUCUUUUCACCACAGCAAAAGUUACUGUUAUUGCUGAGUUAUGGAAUAAAUAGAGGAUAUCUCA